GGGGACUUUUCAUUAAUAUGCGUCCUUGUUGACGUAGCCGUACUCGUAUUAUAGCUUGUUUAUUGCCAUCAUGUUGCAAGUUGUAAACUUCAGUAGUUUUAACAAUGUUCGCCAAUAGAUCGGUUGUCGGUGCGCGACUUUCGAUUUUUCAUUAAAGUGAAGUGACAAAUUUGUUUCCUAGUGAAUAAUCUCAAAACGUGACCACCACCUCGACUAAAUGUGAUGUUUACAACAACAACAAAUCUUGUUUACGUAUUUUUCGGUAAAAUAAACAAAAUUUAUUCAAUUGUGAUACCUUGUAACCCGAAACCGGUUCAAGCGAGAUGAAUGUCCAAAAAUAACACAAAAUGUAACAGAUCCUCUUUAAGGAUCAAAAAUUACAAAGGUCAAAAAACCAAUCAUCUCAGGUUUUAAAGCCGGAUGAUCUAUUAAACCAGGAAUUUAAAAUUCGAUGUUAAUUUUCUUACUUUAUAGAACACGAUCUCCAAUAAUAAUUAGUUUUCUCUGUGUAUAAAGCAGGAAAUUAUUAAAAUUUUAAUUUUUAGAACCUGAAUAUGAAGCAGUUUUUAAUGAAUUACGGCGGGAAUAUCAUACAUUUCACAAUGUUCAAAAUCAAUUAACAGUUAGAUUACACAAGUGGUGCUAUCAAUUCUGAAAAUUUUAAAUUUAAAUAGAGUGUUUACAUAUUGUUACGUCAAUGAAUUAUUAACACGUAACGUAAUUAUUCUUGAAAUGAGAUGACUUAUCAGAUUUAUUAAUGUAUAUUCAUCUUAAUCUUUUUGUAAAUAUACGAUUCAUUCUGUUCCCAUUUCCGACAAUUUUUCCACAAGACAAUUUGAUUUGCUCCACAUUUUCAAAUAAAUAAAUAAUUUGUUAUUCAUUUAUUGUAAUGACGCUUAUUUUACAUUAAAAGCGUCUAAAGCUCGGUAUAAACGACACAUUUACAAUUCCUUCAACGUGUAAACACAUCAAUGUCAAAUUAUUUCAACAGCAGUUAGAGAUAUUGAUUCACCAAUUUACAUUCGAUAGAAUUUUUGUUUCGUUAACAAAGUUUCACAAUUCAUAAUAACUAGUAAAUCCGUUUCCAGGUUCGUGAACUGUUCUUUCUUUGUGUUAAAUGAUGCACAACUAAAAUAUGGCUCUUAAAAUAGCUCCCAGUGUGACAUAUGGCACAAUUUAACAAUCUUAGACAGUUGGGUGUUUUGGAAUAUGUUUUUUAAUUAUUUUUUUAUUUUGGCUACUCAAUCGCAACCAAUUAAUUUAUGUGAUCACCAUCUAUUAUUUCAAUAAGCUGCCAAUUAUUUGUUCUUUACGAAUCGAUUACAAUAAUUGAAAUCUGAGAGCAUCGCUUUAAAAUAAAUUCCUGUCAUCUCAACACCUAUUUAUGAUGUAACAAUGUGAAUUUACGCCCAUUAUUUUAAAUGAAAAAAUUAGCAUGUAACAUCUCCACCCACACAAUAUCAUGGUAUCAAAAGCAGUGGGCAAGAGCAAGGGCAUGAGACAACACAAUUUGAAUAUAUUGAUACUUGAAUGAAUUUGUCUUUCACGACUUAUCUAACUUUGCAACCACAUCACAGGAUAAAUUGAAAUUACGAAAUUUUUCUCAUGAUUCAUUGAAUUUUUCAAAUUUCCUAGUGCCAUAUGUGCCUUUACCUUGACUCAAAUAAUACCUGAAAGUGUCGCUUUUUAUGAACUUUAAAAGCCGGCAUUUCUCACAACAAUGGGGGCACUUAUUCAAGAAUUGAAUGCUUGGCGCCUCAGUAGGUAGCUCAACCACAACUAGGAGCAGAUUUUUCAAAUUUUGAUUUGCAAACCAACUCUUUGAAGAAAAAGUAUCCAAUAUUUUGCAGAAUUGUAACACUUGUCCCGAAUGACCACGAAACUGCAAAGAUAUGCGUUUCAAUUUCCGGGAAUUUUUAUUCAGAGUAUAUAAGCUGUUCCAGAAUUAUCGAGCAUAGAUUUAACAGUGGUGAUUUAUUAAGAACUUUAUAGAUAGAACACUGGGUAUUGAUGUCACAAUUUGAAAAAUGCAAAAGAUAAAUGCCUGGUGUCCCUCCCACUGUUCUCGUAAUUGUGCACAACCCCAUGUGUCCAGUGUCAAGGCGGGACAGGCUGGUCUUCCGGUCUGUUUUAAGCAAAGAAAAUGAAGAUUUCGUCUUGAAACACAAUACUUCCUCCGCCCAAAACAGUCCCAUCGCAUCUUAAUCCCGACAUGUAUCUAACUGCAUCAUAAACAGGCCGCGACUUGGUCGCAUUACGUGAGCAAAAUCUCUAUAUCUCGAGUGUUGGUGGCGAUUUGUUUAUAAUAAACAUCACAUAGUUGUAGGUGGUCGACUUGUCGCGACUUAAAUAUGUCACGAUUGUAAUUUGCAAUUAUCCGCGUGUUGGAUUGAAUAUAAGUGAAGCAUUAUUUAUUAUCUAAUCGUUCGCUUUUAAAGAUAAAAGCGUGCAACCAGGAAAAGUGAAACAUGUUGGUGUAAAACGUGAAAUGUGUAUUGGUGUGUUUAUUCAUCUGGGAAAAUGGGGAAAUCAGCCAGUAAAUUGAAGAAAAGGACGGAAACCAACUUAUCUUGGUCCAGGUUCGGUUCUCUUCCGCUGCGAUCAAAAUCUCGUAUCAACAAAGCCAACAAUGUGUCCUUGAAUGACAACAAAAAUUCGAAACAUAUCGAUAUUGCCCAAUGGUUAAAAAGAAUGGAUCUUGGACAAUACGAUGCCAUAUUUAAGAAAUAUAACGGAGUUGAGGAUCUCUUGGAAUUUUCUGAAGCCGAUCUGAAGGAUUUAGGAGUGAAGAUGUCGUCGCAUAGGGCAAUGAUCAUCAGCAGUUUGACGGUUUUAAGAGCGAAAUAUCAUGGAAAUUUUAGAAGACAACCUUCGAUACGACACAGCGUGGCGGUGGAUAAAUCCAUCACGAAUGAAGAAAACGAUAAAAUAUCGAAUUUAAGCACCGUUUAUGAGCCAGUCCAAAGUAAAAGUUUAAACAAUUUAAUUAUGGAGCCUACGGCCGACCCAUCGAUGAAUUCUCUGGAGUUGAAAAAAGCUCUCGAAUGGGAGCUUUCUUUGGACAGUCGCGACUUGCGGUCCCACGCUUGGUACCAUGGGGCCAUCCCUCGCUCCCGUGCCGAGGAUAUCGUCCGAGAGGAAGGCGGCUUUCUAGUCCGGGACUGUACCUCCCAACCCGGCAAUUACGUCCUAACUUGCCGAACGAAAACCCAACCUUUGCACUUUGUAAUCAACAAAAUCAUCCUUCAGCCGGACACGGUGUACGAACACGUCCAAUUCCAGUUCGAGGAAGACGCAUUCGACACCGUCCCUGACCUCAUAACCUUUUACGUGGGCUCGGGGAAGCCCAUAACCGCGGCUUCUGGAGCCAGAAUCCAGAUACCGAAAAAUCGGAUGUACCCCUUGUCAUUCUACGCCGCCAAGUACCCCACGCCGCUGCCCCAGAGCCGGCUAAGCUCCCCGGCGACCACCCCAAUCGGGGGCAUGGGGUAUAGACACAGUCCCUUACACCCCACACGGCCCUCGUCGUCCCCAACCCGAAGUAACAGAGAGGGACCCCCAAGACUCCCCAACAAGAAGCAAAGAUCACAGUCUUUAACACCCUCGGAAGUCAAUAGAAUAUCGCAGGAAAAGUGCAACAGCGCCGAUGGGGUUAUUCAGUCGCCCCUCAUGACGCGGUCGGCGGGGGCUGAUAUGAUCAACUCCGGGUUAAAAUUCUCGACUCAUUCCCUUCCCCGGAGUCCCAACACUAAGCUCUCCCUGUCGGCAAGUUCCAACACUUUGGGCCGAAACUGCCGGAUUACAAGCGACCCGACUUUGUCCCCCUGUGCCGAGAAGAAAUUAUUUAAUGAGAGUGACUCCGGGAUUUCGGACUCGCCACCACCGAAGCCCUCACGCGUCCCUAGUAUCAUCCGUCUAGAAUCGAAAGAAUCGGACAGCGACGGCAAAAUCUCAGAAUUCCUCCCUCAUGGAAACCUGCAAAGGGUCACAUCCUACCACGCUUCCGGAUCGGACUCCGGAAACGGUUCCGGGGACUCGGCGCUCAGUUCGGCGGCAGGUGAUGCGAUUGAAAGCAACCAAAGAAACUCGGGGGUGAUUAUCAAAAAUCCGAGGUAUAAUAUUGUUGCGUCCGAAUCGUCAACGACUUUAAAGAAUUUCGAGAUUGAUUGCUCCGAAGCGGAGGAGAAGCUGUUGAAGAUGAUCCAGCCGGAAAUUAAUCUCGGGAGUAGGUUUGAUCUUGAGAAUUUUCAUACGCUGCUGUUACCGGUAAAUGAGAAUAAACCGCUAGAUGUGCAAGCUUUGAGAGGGGUUAAAAUGAUGUUGCAAGAGUCCGGACCGAGGAUUUUAGCAAAUCAUUUGACGAGGACUGACUUAGAUGUGAUUUUUCAUAGGCCGAAAGAUGCGAUUCAAGCGAGAUUAGCGAGCGGAAUUGAGCUGUGUGCCCUGCCGCACGGACAUCAGUUCCGGGUGGAUUUAAUUGAAAGGACGGAAUGUCUGAAACUCCUCGUGGCGGUAACAAUUUUAACUUGUACAGAAGACUUGGAACGGACUGAAAUGUUGAAUAAGUGGAUUGAAGUAGCGAUAGAUACGAAGACAGCCCUCGGAAAUCUCUUCGGUUUUUGCGGGAUCAUGUUAGGUUUAUGUCUGCCACAGGUGGAAAGACUCGACACGACGUGGCACAUGCUGAGGCAGAAAUACACCGACUCGGCGUUCAAUUUCGAAGCAAAACUACGACCAACUUUAAAAAAUAUGAACAGUUGCUCAAAUCCUCAGGCACCAAAUACGACAAUUCCUCACUUAUUGCCAUUAAUAUUACUCCACGAGCGUUCUUUAGAUGACUUUAUCACACCCACGGAACACAAUCAGUUAACUACGAGCUGUCUGGGGUUGUGGGAAUCGAACACCCAAGACUUCGGUCUUACCACUUUACUUAAUCAUCUGGAAACUGCCAGGAAAUACAUGGACUCAAGUGCAUCUUACCAAAGAAAUGCAGAAAUCGUGCUAGGGGAAGCGAGGAUGGAAGAAUUGACGCUGGAUAUGUUCAGAACGGAGUUUCAGAUGAAAUUCUUGUGGGGGAGCAGAGGAGCUUUUGUUCCGGCUGAUGAAAGACAUUCGAAAUUCGAACAAGUGCUCUCGGCCAUUGCGGACAAGUACUGCAGUCUGAGAGACGAUGCUGAAGUGUAGCGAUGUUUAUUGUGAUCAAAUUGUACAUAUUCAUAUAYUAUGUAAUAGCAAACGGGCCUAACAGGUUACAGCAUAAUAAAUCCGAAUUCGAAAAUUAAGUUUGGCAUUUUAUUCCAAAGACUGAUUAGAAUAUUUAGUCUAGAAACUCCAAUAAACCAAAAUUGAAAAUUUAUUCGUCCACAAAAAUCGCUAAGAUGAUUACUUGUAAUAAUAGUUUUAGCAUGAAUUGUUUUUUAAGUGAAAAAAAAAAAACACUGGAUAUACUAAAAAAAAGAUGAUUUAAAAUAAACUUUAAUUAAGUAUUUAGAUCAUCAUGACUUCUGCAUUUUCCUAAUCAGUCUUUAUAAAGCUGUGGUUGAAAAUUAUGCUGUGACUUUUGGUUCAACUUUCUUUUUUUACAUAUCAAAAUUGUUAGAAUUUUUAUUUAAUGUUUCGUGAACAACCAAAAAUAACCUCCACAACACCAAAACGUUUGGUUAUACGAAAUUUAGGUCUUGUAAAAAAAUAAGCUUUAAUCUGUAAUUAUUAGACUUUAGAGUUUUACAAAAGGUGCUCAUUAUAAGAUCAUAGAAUCAAAAAAAAAAACUAAUUACAAAUCCUUAUUUAACUUGGAUUAUUGACAAUAUAAUAAAGACUGCCAUUUUAGGUUUUUAAUUGGUUUUUAUUUGUGUGCAAUAUAUUUGAAAUAAUGAAUUUGGUUUAUUGGCUCAAUGUUUUAAUUGCGCUUUGAUAUUUAUUUGCUUUAAAAUUCCAAUAAUUGUAAUUUAACUGAAUUCAUUAUUUCCGAUUUGUUUUUAUUUUGAUGUGAUGUAUAUUUGUUAAAAUGAAAAGUUAUACUCUACGAACAUAUAAAUAUAGGUACUUAAUGAUAAGAAUGUGUAAUAUGAAAUGUAUUAGAUUUAAUAAUUUAUUAACGGGUCUAUCUGUUAGUCUGUGUAGACAAAAAAGAAAAAUAUUUAUAGUAGAACUCUGUUUAGGUAAAAAARUGUAAAAAUGAUUCCUAUACUGUAUAUGAAAAUAAUAUAAUGUGCUAAAACUUAA